UAAUAAUGAGCAAGUGUGGCAGGAAAGAACGUAUUAAGACAGAUCUGAGCUGAGUUCUGGAUCCUGUACUGCCUGCUGAGACAGUGCUUGAAGAAGCUCAGUGCAGUGGCUGGCCUGCAUCUAGCACUUACAUGUUGGUUGAGUCUUCGGCCCUGAACCCGCCGUGGGUUGUUUUAGUGGGCUCAGGAGUUUGUUCAGGAGAGCAGUUGGACGUAGACAAAUGACCAUGGAAACAGUGGAAUCCCAGCAACAUGGAAGUGUAACAGAUUCUGUGACACAGAGUGAAUCUGCCCGUGUGCAGACUCAGACUGGUCCAAAUGCAAUUCCUACUUUAGCUCAGGUUUCUGUAGCUGGCUCAGGCACCGGAAGAGGCUCCCCUGCUGUCACUCUAGUGCAGUUACCGUCGGGCCAAACGGUGCAUGUCCAGGGAGUCAUUCAGACACCGCCAUCGGUUAUUCAGUCACCACAGACACAGACUGUUCAGGUAGCGACAAUUGCAGAGACAGAUGAGUCUGCAGAAUCAGAAGGUGUAAUUGAUUCUCAUAAACGUAGAGAAAUCCUUUCACGAAGACCCUCUUAUAGAAAAAUACUGAAUGAACUUUCCUCUGAUGUGCCUGGUGUUUCCAAGAUUGAAGAAGAAAAGUCAGAGGAAGAAGGACCGUCACCUAACAUCGCUGCCAUGGCAGUUCCGACUAGCAUAUAUCAGACUAGCACUGGGCAAUACAUUGCUAUAGCCCAAGGUGGAGCAAUCCAGAUUUCUAACCCAGGAUCUGAUGGUGCUCAGGGCCUGCAGGCAUUAACAAUGACCAAUUCAGGAGCUCCUCCUCCAGGUGCCACAGUUGUGCAGUACGCGGCCCAGGCAGCCGAUGGCACUCAGCAGUUCUUUGUCCCGGGCAGCCAGGUGGUUGUGCAAGAUGAGGAAACUGAACUUGCCCCAAGUCACAUGGCUGCUGCCACUGGUGACAUGCCAACAUACCAGAUCCGGGCUCCCACGACGGCUCUGCCACAGGGAGUGGUGAUGGCUGCCUCCCCAGGGAGUUUGCACAGUCCCCAGCAACUAGCGGAGGAAGCGACACGCAAGCGAGAGCUGAGACUCAUGAAAAACAGGGAAGCUGCCCGGGAGUGUCGCAGGAAGAAGAAGGAAUAUGUCAAAUGUCUUGAAAAUCGUGUGGCUGUGCUUGAAAACCAAAACAAGACUCUCAUUGAGGAACUCAAGGCCCUCAAAGAUCUUUAUUGCCAUAAAGCAGAGUAACUGUCUUGGCUUGGACCUUGUUGACUGUGAACUGUGAUCAAAGCAGAAGCAGCAGUUCUACUAGUUGCCGUGUGGACUUGUGGAAGGGGCCCUUGUGACCCUUAAGAAUCCAGUCUGGCUUAGUGUUUGAAGUUGAGUUGGGGAUGUUAUUCCGAGAUCUGGAAUGCCUCCGUGCUCAUUCGCCAAGCUCACCUCAGUUUCUUGUUGAUAGCAUGCACAAACGCGUUCUGUUUUGCCCUUUGCUUCUGCUUUUUUCAGGGAAGCUGCUAAAGAAUGUCGACGGCGAAAGAAAGAAUACGUCAAGUGUCUGGAGAGUCGGGUGGCCGUGCUGGAAGUUCAGAA